GUCUCCUCUUCCCACCCAAACCCUAAUCCUCCCACAAACCGACGGAGAUGGCGGGCAAGGAGGACGGCCGGAUCUUCGUGGGCGGUCUCUCGUUCCACACCGACGAGCGCAAGCUCUCCGACGCCUUCCGCCGCUUCGGCAAGGUCGUCGACGCACAGAUCAUGCUGGAGAGACACACAAACCGCCACCGUGGCUUUGGCUUCGUGACGUUUUCAGAUCCACGGGCAGUUGAGGAAGCUAUCAAUGAUAUGCACAACAAAGAGUUGGAUGGCCGUACCAUUUCAGUGAACAGAGCUGAGCCCAAGAUGAAUACAGAUGACACACGGUACACCAGUGGUGGUGGUGGCGGUGAACGUGGGGAUUAUCGUGCCCCCAAGGGUGAUGGUCCACUCCCUGGCAACUGCUUUGAGUGUGGCCGUUCUGGCCAUUGGGCCCGUGACUGCCCCAAUCCUGGUAGUGGUCGAUCUGGGCGGUUCCCUUCCAAGUUCAGUGGUGGUGGUGGUGGCGGCAGGGGAGACCGCUUUUCUGGAGCAGACAGGUUUGGUGAUCGUUAUGGGGAUGACCGCUAUGAUAGUGGCCGUUAUGGAUACCGUGAUGCUGUUGACAGCAGAGACAGGUAUGACGGGGGCCGUGACCGUUAUGCCAGUGACCGGUACCCCGCUGGAGGUGAUCGCUUUGGUGCAGACAGGUAUGUUGCUGCUCCAGAUCGCUAUCAGUCAAGUGCAGGAUACGGCAGGGAGCGGGAGAGAAGCUAUGAGAGAGAUCCGGUGCGUGGCAGCGGCGCCUAUGACAGGAGUGGCCCAAGGGGUGGCGCAAGCUAUGACAGGGAUGGCCCUAGGGGCGGCAUCGGAGGUGGCUAUGACAGGGAUGGUCCACGUGGUGGUGGUGCUGACUACAGCAGUGGAGGACCUGCUCGCUACGAUGGAGGAAGCUACAGGGAGAGGCCUGGGCCGUAUGAUCGCCCCAGCAGGGGAGGAGGAGGACGCUAUGAGGAUCGCUUCUAGUGGCCCAUUACAAUCAAGUUAUGUAUUUGCACUUUAAUCCUUUCAGUUUGGCAUGGGCUGAAUGCUUAAUGGGUACUAUGGAACGGUUAUCUCUAUUCUGUAUUACAGAAGGUACUCGCACUGGUUCAGUUUUAUCCAGCAGACUGUUUUGAUGCUGAGUUGAACCGUCAUGCCUGGUUAUUGGUGGUUGUGCUACCUUGCUGAAUACUUUCGAUAGUUCUGCAUGCUAU